ACUGUCCCGGUCCUUUAACUAAGCUGUGAACGGGCACUUUCUUUGUCUUUCCUGUAAUUAACAGUGAAACAACAAUCUUAAAUGUGAUCGUGUGUGAAGAACAAACGUCGACGUUGCUAUAUGCUGGAUUUUAAUCAACCUGGACGACUGAUCACAGAGCCGCAGAACAUCAUCUGACCUGAGCUGACGCUUCUGCCAUUUUGUCUUUGAAAAUGAAGACGGACAUGGCUUAUAACCAGCUGGUGGACGUUGAGAGGAGGAGGCAAGAAUCCAACAGGAAUGCACAGCUGUAUUCCAGAUGUCUGAUAGCUUUGGCCACUGUGGCUACUGUGCUGCUGGCAGCCACGGCCGUCUACAACCUCCUGUUACCGAGGGUUUCCUCCUCCCAUCCUGCCCCGAGCAGCAGCCUCUGUCAGCCCCAGGUCGAGUCCUGCACAGACCCCUGCAGGAUCGUUCUGGUGGAGAGCAUCCCUGAAGGGCUGGAGUUUAAUUCCAGCGUCACUCACCCCUCCAUCUUCCAGGCCUGGCUCAACCUGAUGGCCGAGGCUCGCAGCAGUAUCGACAUCGCCUCCUUCUAUUGGACGCUCACUAACAAAGACACUGGCACUCAUGAGCCAACGGCCAAUCAGGGUGAGACCAUCCUGAAGACACUAGCUGAGCUUUCAGGGAAGGUGUCCGUUCGUAUCGCAGUCAACACACCACAGAGCAGCCAACCGCAAGACGACCUCGCGCUGCUAAAAGACUCAGGAGCUGAUAUCAGGACAGUUAACAUGAGAGAGCUAACCUCAGGCGUCCUCCACACAAAGUUCUGGGUUGUGGACAAGAAACACAUUUACAUUGGCAGCGCCAACAUGGACUGGAGGUCCCUCACACAGGUGAAGGAGCUGGGAGCGGUCGUCUACAACUGCAGCUGCUUGGCUGCAGACCUGGGUAAGAUCUUUGAAGCCUAUUGGUUCCUGGGGGAGAGUCAAUCAAUCCCAUCACCCUGGCCCACCAGCUUCUCCACCCUCUACAACAAGGACACACCCCUCCAGCUGCCACUUAACAACACGCCGUCCAACGUCUACCUGUCGAGUUCCCCUCCGUCCUUCUGUGCAGCUGGCAGGACUCCAGACCUUCAGUCCAUCCUCAGUGUGAUGGAGGACGCCGAGAGCUUCAUCUACAUCGCUGUCAUGAACUACCUGCCCACCAUGGAGUUUGCACAUCCUAAAAGGUACUGGGCAGACAUUGACACCCAGCUGAGGCGAGUGGGGUACGAGAAGCGGGUCAAAGUGCGCCUGCUGAUCAGCUGCUGGGCCAGCACCCAACCGGCCAUGUUUCCCUUCCUGAAGUCCCUGGCCUCAGUUUAUGACCUCAAGAGCAAACUUGACAUCCAGGUGAGGCUGUUUGUUGUGCCUGCCAGCCCCAAGCAGAAGGAGAUUCCCUUUGCUAGAGUAAACCAUAACAAGUACAUGGUGACUGACAAGAUAGCCUACAUAGGUACGUCUAACUGGUCAGGUGACUACUUUGUGAGCACAGCUGGCUCAGCAUUGGUUGUCAACCAGACUGCAUCACAGUCCCUGGAGCCAACCGUCCAAUCACAGCUGAAGGCUGUGUUUGAGAGGGACUGGGACUCUGACUACAGCACUCCUCUCACCCAGCACUCAAACGUCAAAGACCUGUGUUAGUUAACAGCCAGUAUUAAAAAUACUAUAUCGGUCUACAUCAAUGUACCACCAGUGUACACUUGUGUUCAGCACAUUUUGCAAUGCCAUAUUAGUGUAAUUAUUUUAGUAUUCAGAUUAUCAUGGAUUUUCCUCUAGUCAGCUGAAACAGUUGUUCACAUUGUGUACUUGGAAACUCUUGAGCUGAAAAAUCAGACGACCUCUUAGCGAAGCGGGGUUUCCCUGUUGGCUGAGUACCAAAGGAAAAACCUGGCUUAUCACAGCUUUUGUGCCAAACUCCUAUUUGACCAGAGGGACCGGAUAUGGUUAUAACAUGGGGAGAGUUGUAACAACACCAAUUUCACCAAUUAGAGAUAAGAUAGGACUUCAUUCAGUAUUUAGCUGCUUCCUCCCUGAUCAGGCAUGGUGGUUAUCAAGUCUGGAAAGAGGUGCAUUCAGACUAUAUAGAGGAAGAAACUGAUUUUGAGGUAAGAAAGUAAAUUUUUUAACAAAGACUAUUUUUUGUUUAAUAUCUAUAUUAUUGCAGAUAGAAUUGUUUGACUUAUAUUAGAUUGAAAUGUAGUUUCUUAGGCAACAUGUGAUGCAUUUUUUCCCUUCUAAUUUCAAACCACUAUGGUAAUACAGCUAACUAAACAAUGGCUGACAGGGGUGGGGUCGGUUGUAACACUUAUUUAAAAAGUGUUACAACCAUCCAUUUUACAUUAAACUAGGUACUUUCUUGAUUUUAAUAUUUUCCAGAUUGCCUUAUGCAGUCUGGGCCCACCAAACCCGCACUCCAGGGUUACCAGCAUUAAUUUGUCAGCACUGUGACCAGUACUCCCCAUUCACAUGUUGUACACAUAUUGGCGUGUGUAUCGUCACUCGACCUUUUCCAUUCUCGGUCUCCACUGGUGGAGAGGGUAGAAAAGUGUAUGGGCAGCUUGUGAGAAGUGCCUGUGUGCAAGAAAAAGUCCCGGUACGCCAAAGAGUAAAAUAUAGAAGUGCAGGUUUAUGUACCGGUGAAUACCGGCCCACUUUAAGCACUGACUGUGACUCUGAAUAAGAAUAUACACACAUUCUCUGUGAUAUUCUUGUAGAGGAUUGCCAUUUGUAGUGAACACGUGGGUAUUUUGUAUAAAAAUUUGAGAACUCUAGCUAAAAAAUUCAGUGAGUUAUAGUUACUGAAGCAACCAUACCCGGUUCCACUACCAUCAAACCAGUAGACUGCCCAGUACUGCCAGUCUUACACUGUCAUGGGCUGGCAUGAUUUUUUUCGAAGGAAGAAUAAUAACUUACUUACAAAAUAAGAAUAUAUUUGCAUCUCUUUGCUAUUUCUAUCAAAGCUGACCUGGGAUUGAAACUACAUAAGCCUGGUAAAAUGUUAUAUUAUUCUGCGGUAACAUCAGACCAGUGCAAAAUGUGCUUUCUGUCAUGUAGUAUUAAUAGCUAGUAGCAGUAGGGGGCGCUGUUUCUGUUUUCCACUCAGGUUUGUAUCAUGCUGAGGAACCUUUUUUUUUUUUUUUUUUUUACUGUGUCCCAUAACCACCUAUGUUAAGUGAUCUAAUCAUUGAUCAGUUUUCUAGUUUUAAAGAUCAAUCACAAUUAAUGUCCUUUAUACAACUUCAACCUCAAUGGGAUUUAUUUUUAUCCCAGCUCAUCUCAGGAAGUAAAGUGUGAUUCCUUAAUUGAUCAUUUUAGUUUGCUGGAAUCUGAAAUAAUUGCUGCUCAAUCUGGUGUGCUCUGUAAACAAGAUGAGGCUUUUUAAAUUCCACACUCAGUAUUCAGGACUGCUUCUAAAGUAAACUAAUUUAAUAUGAAAGUCAGCACUGCAUACAAUAGAUUGACAGUUUGCUGCAGCAGUAAAUGAGGAUGAACUAAUUUAAUUUCCACUGUGUGGAGUGAUUGAAAAUAACAAUUAGUGAAGAGAUGGUUGUUAUGGCAACUGUACAAAGAAUCGUGUUUACUAGUAGCAGCAUGUCAUUAUUGCCUUCCUCUUUAUAAAGAAUCGACUCUAAAUAAAUGUCUUUGAAUUGAA